AUGUUAGAUUCCGUCAAUAAACUACCACCUACUUCAUCCCCUGACAAUGAAUCCCUAAUUCAUGAUGAUAUUAAUAAUUAUUACCGUCUUUCUUUCUUUCUUUCUUUCUUUCUUUCUUUCUUUCUUUCUUUCUUUCUUUCUCACAAGAUCUCCCUCUAUCUCACGUUCACUCUUUUUGGCCUAUUGACAGGCGUUUUCUUCUUUCCUCUCCCGUUCUUUCAAUCAUUUUUCACUCUUUCUUUCUCUCCUUCUUACUUUUCAUUUCCUGAUAUAUUUACUGUUUUUCUCUAUCGUUUACCAACUUACACACCGACUUUAUCAACUAUACUUUUCUCAAUAUCUCUUUCUCUCUUAAUCUUGCUUGUACUCUCUCAUUCUCUCUCUUCAACUCGCUUUUACUAUCUCAAUCCCUCUUUCUCUUCAUCUUGUUUACAAUCUCUCAGUCUCUCUUUCCUCAUCUUGCUUGUACUCAGUAUUUUUCUCUCUUCAUUUUGCUUGUACUCUCUCAUUCUCUCAGUCUCUCUCUUUCUUUUCCUCUUGCUUGUACCCAGUCUCUCUCUUUCUUUUCCUCUUGCUUGUACUCAGUCUCUCCCUCUUUCUCCUCCUCUUGCUUGUACUCAGUCUCUUUCUUUUCCUCUUGCUUGUACUCAGUCUCUCUCUCUCUCUCUUUCUCUUGCUUGUACUCAGUCUCUCUCUCUCUUUCUCUUGCUUGUACUCAGUCUCUCUCUCUCUCUCUCAUCUUGUUUGUUUGUACUCAAUCUCUCUCUCUUUCUCUUGCUUGUACUCAGUCUCUCUCUCUUUCUCUUCCUCUUGCUUGUACUCAGUCUCUCUCUCUCUCUUUCUCUUGCUUGUACUCAGUCUCUCUUUCUUUCUCUCCCUCUUGCUUGUACUCAGUCUCUCUCUCUCUCUCAUCUUGUUUGUACUCAAUCUCUCUCUCUUUCUCUUGCUUGUACUCAGUCUCUCUCUCUUUCUCUUCCUCUUGCUUGUACUCAGUCUCUCUCUCUCUCUUCAUCUUGUUUGUACUCAAUCUCUCUCUUUCUUGCUUGUACUCAGUCUCUCAGUCUCUCUCUUGCUUGUACUUCUCUCUCCUCUUGCUUGCUUGUACCCAGUCUCUCUCUCUCUCUCUUUCUCUUCAUCUUGUUUGCACUCUCGCAGUCUCAUUCUCUCUCUACUCUUUUCUGCAGUUUUCUACUUUCUCUCUCUCUCUCUCUCUCUCUCUCUUACUUCCUUUCCCACCGCAUAUUUAACAAUAUUACUCCUCUACUCUCAGUCUCUCUCUUUCCCUCUUUCUCAUUUCUACAGUAUCACUCUGCCUUUUACUGUAGGUCUUCAUUCGGUCUCUCUCUCUCUCUCACACACACACACACACACACUUUUUCUCACACACAGCAUUUAGUAAGGUUACGCUUCUACUGGCGCUCACUCUCUCGUUUUCAACUCUAUAUACUUAUACUUUCUCACUCUCUCUCUCUCUCUCUCUCUCUCUCUCUCUCUCUUUCUUUCCACUAUUUUCUCCAAUAUCUUUUUACCUUUCACUACCGGUUCCCUCCCAUCUCUCUCUUUCUCAUUUCCUUGUUCAGACCAUAUUUAAGACGAUUACUGUUCUACUGGUCUCUCUUUCUUCAUUCUACACGUACUCCUACUCCCACUCUCUCUCUCUCUCCCUCUCUCUCUCUCUCCACUAGUUUUCUCUUGUAUCUCCCACACUCUCUUACUCACUUUCGUGACAUCUUCUCCUCACUUUACGUUCACAUUGUUUUUUUUUUAUUAACAAUUGGCUUCUUUGUUCCACACUUACGUUUUAACUGUUUUACUGAUUUUUUCUCCUUUUCCUUUGUAACAAUCUUUUUCUCUUUCUUUCUUUCUUUCUUUCUUUCUUUCUUUCUUUCUUUCUUUCUUUCUUUCUUUCUUUCCUUUCUUCCUUCUUUCUUUCUUUAUUUCUAUUCUAAUACAUUAAUUAAACGUUUUCUUUUUCUUGCUUUCUUUUUCUUUAUUCUCUCUCUCUCUCUCUCUCUCUCUCUCUCUUCCUUUCUUUCCAUUUUAAACUAUUUUUCCUUCAGUCUUCUUUGCUUUUUCGUGGUUCUAGAAAUUUAUUUAACGUUCUUUCUUUCUUUCUUUCUUUCUUUCUUUCUUUCUUUUAUUGUCUCUCUACUAACACUGUCUUUUCCCCCUACCUCUCUCAUAUCUUUUUGCUGUCUAUCUUUUUCGCUUUCGUAUUCUAUAGUUUACACUUCAGCCAUUUUCCUCUUCCCCAUUACAAACAUCUCUGUACUUAGCCAGCCCCCCCUGCCUUUCUUCUUCACUUCUCCCUCUCUUUAUUGCUCCCAAACCAUCUCUUCUUCCAACCUUCUUUCCCGUUUCCUUUCUACAAACUUUUGCUCAAAUUCACCUUCUUUACGUCUUCUCAAACUUUUCCAUCCCAUAAUGCUCGUAUCUUUCUAUCACUUCCUUUUUUCUUUUUCUCUAUUAAUAUCUAUCUAUCUAUCUAUCUAUCUAUCUAUCUAUCUAUCUAUCUAUCUAAUCUAUCUAUCUAUCUAUCUAUCUAUCUAUCUAUCUAUCUAUCUAUCUGUCUGUCUGUCUCUGUUCAUAUCAAAUCUAUCUAUAUAUCUAUCUAUCUAUAUAAAUGAAUAUUCUAUCUAUCUAUCUAUCUAUCUAUCUAUCUAUCUCUCUCUCUCUAUAUAUAUAUAUGUUUACAACACAGUCACUUCAUCUAUCUAUCUAUCUAUCUAUCUAUCUAUCUAUCUAUCUAUCUAUCUAUCACGGCUUGGUCCUAUCUAA